GGCCAUUUUUGGAAGUCAGUCUCGGUGAUGGUCCGCAGUCUGCUGGUGGAGGAAACUUCCUGGUGGUUGUGACGCUGAAAAGAGCCAAAGGAAUCCUGAGUCUAGGCCAGAAGAGCUGUCAGUGCAGGAGUCCUGGGGCCCCCGUGGCGCUGGCGGCGGCGGCGGCGGCGGAAUAGAGGGCGGUGCGCCACGGGGCGUCGCAGGUUCAGAGCGAGGCAGGCACCUAGCGCCCGCACGGCUGCAGCCGCGUUUGGGUGGCGGCGAUCGGCGUGAGCCGUACUCCGGGGCGGCUUCUUCUGGCGCUGCUGCUCUUUUCGGGGUGAUGAAUAGGAGCUCCUCGUGCGGAUGAGGAAACUGAGGCCCACAGAAGUCUUGAAUUACUCACAGAAGUGAGGGGGACUUGUCCAAGGUCAUGCAACUAGUAAAUGGCAAAAUCAGGAUUUGAAAUUAGGUCCUCUGAGUUUUCAGACUCUUGAUUUUUUUGGAUCGCAAUCCAGCACAUUUUGUCUUCCUCCUACUACUGCCUGUUUUCUGCUGUUCUUCUGCCUAAGAUCAGCAUCACAAUAAAGGCUACAUGACUUGCUGAAGGAAAAGAAAAUGUUAUGUUGGGGAUAUUGGUCUUUAGGCCAUCCUGGUGGUAUUAGCAGCAAUCUCCAAGGAAUUGUGACUGAGCCACAAGCAUAUGGAUUUAUUUCUGACAGAAGCAUCAAAGAAGUGGCCUGUGGAGGAAACCACUCUAUUUUUCUGCUGGAAGAUGGAGAAGUAUAUACAUGUGGUUUGAACACCAAAGGACAACUGGGCCAUGAAAGAGAAGGAAAUAAGCCAGAGCAAAUUGGAGCUUUGGCAGAUCAGCACAUAAUCCAUGUUGCCUGUGGAGAGUCCCAUAGCUUGGCCCUUAGUGACCAGGGACAGCUUUUUUCUUGGGGCGCAGGUAGUGAUGGACAACUUGGACACACAACUACUGAAGAUUCUGUUGCAAUACCCAGGUUAAUAAAGAAACUGAACCAGCAGAUGAUAUUACAGGUUUCCUGUGGCAACUGGCACUGCAUGGCUCUUGCAGCUGAUGGGCAGUUCUUCACUUGGGGACAGAACCGCCAUGGGCAGUUGGGCCUGGGGAAAGAAUUUCCUUCCCAAGCUAGCCCCCAAAGGGUGAAAUCCUUAGAGGGGAUCCCUCUGGCUCAGGUUGCUGCAGGAGGUGCACACAGCUUUGCCCUAUCUCUCUCGGGAGCUGUAUUUGGGUGGGGAAGGAACAAUGCUGGUCAGCUGGGACUCAGUGAUGAAACAGAUCGACAAUCUCCAUGUCACGUGAAACUUUUACGAACUCAAAAAGUUGUUUAUAUUAGUUGUGGAGAAGAACAUACAGCAGUCCUCACUAAGAGUGGAGGAGUGUUCACUUUUGGCGCUGGUUCCUUUGGACAGCUUGGACAUGACUCCAUGAAUGAUGAAGUUAAUCCAAGAAGGGUUCUAGAAUUAAUGGGCAGUGAAGUAACUCAGAUUGCUUGUGGCAGACAGCACACUCUAGCCUUUGUGCCUUCCUCAGGGCUCAUCUAUGCAUUUGGCUGUGGAGCAAGAGGCCAGUUAGGAACUGGACACACAUGUAAUGUUAAAUGCCCGUCUCCUGUAAAGGGUCACUGGGCUGCCCACAAUGGCCAACUUUCAUCUAGAGCUGAUUCCUUUAAAUAUCACAUUGUUAAACAUAUCUUCUCAGGAGGGGAUCAAACUUUUGUACUUUGCUCCAAAUAUGAGAAUUCCUCUCCCGCAGAUGACUUCAGGAUUAUGAAUCAAGCACAAUAUACAAGUUUAAUAAAUGAUGAAACUAUAGCUAUUUGGAGACAAAAACUAUCAGAGCAUAGCAACUCCAAUUCAAUCAACAGUGGUGUUCUGCAGAUACUAUCCUCAGCUGCCUGCUGGAAUGGAAGUUUCCUUGAAAAAAAAAUUGAUGAGCAUUUUAAAACUAGUCCCAAAAUUCCAGGAAUUGACCUGAAUUCUACCAGAAUGUUGUUUGAGAAGCUGAUGAACUCUCAGCACUCAAUGCUCCUAGAACAGAUCUUAAAAAGCUUUGAAAGUUUCCUGAUUCCUCAGUUGUCCAGUUCACCACCAGAUGUUGAAGCAAUGAGAAUCUAUCUAAUACUGCCUGAAUUCCCUCUACUUCAGGAUUCUAAAUAUUAUAUAACAUUAACCCUUCCCUUGGCAAUGGCUAUUCUACGACUGGAUGCAAACCCUAGUAAAGUCUUAGAUAACUGGUGGUGUCAGGUGUGCCCAAGAUAUUUCUUGAAGCUAGUAGACCUUUAUAAAAGUGCAGUAGUUUAUCUCCUGACUGGAAGAAAAACACUGUUGAUUCCUGUUCUGUUUAGCAGUUAUAUCACGGCAGCACUCAAGCUAUUGGAAAAACUGCAUAAGGUAAACCAGAAAGUGAAACAUGUGGAAUAUGAUAAGUUUUACAUACCUGAAAUUUCCCAUCUCGUUGAUAUUCAGGAAGACUAUCUCAUGUGGUUCUUGCAUCAAGCAGGAAUGAAAGUUAGACCAUCUAUAAUGCAGGAUGCUGUGACUCUCUGUUCCUAUCCAUUUGUCUUUGAUGCUCAAGCUAAGACCAAAAUGUUACAAACAGAUGCUGAACUACAAAUGCAGGUUGCUAUCAAUGGAGCAAAUUUGCAGAAUGUGUUUAUGCUGCUCACAUUGGAGCCUCUGCUGGCCAGAAGCCCAUUCCUUGUCCUUCAUGUUCGCAGGAGCAACCUUGUUGGGGAUGCCCUAAGAGAGCUGAGUAUUCAUUCCGACAUUGAUUUGAAAAAGCCUCUGAAAGUGAUAUUUGAUGGUGAAGAAGCAGUAGAUGCUGGUGGAGUUACAAAGGAAUUCUUUCUUUUGCUAUUGAAGGAACUUUUAAAUCCUAUCUAUGGCAUGUUUACCUAUUACCAAGAUUCAAACCUCUUAUGGUUUUCUGAUACGUGUUUUGUAGAGCACAACUGGUUUCACCUGAUUGGCAUAAUCUGUGGACUAGCUAUCUACAACUUCACUGUGGUAGAUCUUCACUUCCCUCUGGCUCUCUACAAAAAGUUACUGAAUGUAAAGCCUGGCUUGGAAGAUUUAAAGGAGUUGUCACCUACCGAAGGAAGGAGUCUCCAGCAGCUUCUUGAUUACCCAGGGGAAGAUGUAGAAGAAGUUUUCUGCCUCAACUUCACAAUAUGCAGAGAAAGUUACGGAGUAGUUGAAGAGAAGAAGCUAAUACCUGGAGGAGAUAAGAUGACCGUACAGAAAGACAACAGAUAUUUAAGUAACAGAGCAGGGAGUCAGACCCAUCCAGCUGGCAAACCUUCACUGAGAUGUUUGGAAAUGCAUAUGUGCAAGUUUGUAUGUUUUAUUGUGGUGAUGGGAGCUCAUCUAGUAUCAGACUUGAAGCAGGAAUUUGUGGAUGCUUAUGUCAACUAUGUCUUCCACCUAUCAGUCCAUGAAUGGUACGCAGCCUUUUCGAGUGGUUUUCUGAAGGUGUGUGGAGGCAAAGUACUGGAACUCUUCCAACCUUCAGAACUCAGGGCCAUGAUUGUGGGGAACAGCAAUUAUAACUGGGAGGAAUUGGAAGAGAGUACAAUCUAUAAGGGAGAUUACUCACCUACACAUCCAACGGUGAAAAUGUUUUGGGAAACUUUUCAUGAAUUUCCAUUGGAAAAGAAGAAGAAAUUUCUUCUGUUUCUGACCGGCAGUGACCGCAUCCCUAUCUAUGGAAUGUCAAGCCUUCGAAUCAUCAUCCAGUCCACAACCAGUGGGGAGGAAUAUUUGCCUGUGGCUCAUACUUGCUACAACCUUCUAGAUCUGCCCAAAUACAGCAGCAAGGAGAUCUUGAAUAUUCGGCUGACUCAGGCUAUUGACCACUAUGAGGGAUUUAGUUUAGCCUGAGGCACCUCAAGUUCAUCUGCCCUAUUCCAGUGCCUGUACUGGACCUCCUGCAGAAAAACACAUGCAGUGAUUUUUAUUUUGGAUUUGUGCAAUCUAAUUGGGUUGAAAUAUUUGAAGAUUAUAUCUCAGUGAUAUGUUUCUAGGGAUAUCAGAGCAGUGAAAUCUAACAAAUCAGCAUUUGGGUUGGGGUGGAGUGGGUUCAGGGGUGGGGAAUUGACUCUCAUUUGGAGAUUUUAUAAAAACUAUCUUCUCAAAUCCAUCCUCUUCCAUUCCAGAUGUUUCGUGCACUUCUCAAUGACUGGUUGGUGAUCUGCUGGGUAAAACGAUGGUCAGUUUCCUAGCUGUCCAUUUCUAGAUGCCUUUCCCACUUUACGGUUAUUCCUUGUCCAGUAUCCUGUUCUUUCAUUCUUCUAAAAGCUCCUUUCUUGUUAACCUGUUUUCCCUCACCUAAGAAUGUUGAAUCAUUCACUCUUUGAAGCCUUUGAAAUUUUACUGGUGCAUUUGGCUGGCUUUGACUCAAAGCCCCAACCAUUACUCUGACACUCAGGAGGAAAUGACGGUUUCACAGUUCUAAACCACUGAGUUUUGAGUCGAUGGCUUUGGUUCAGCUUUGAGAACUUAACAAUGAAUCUUUAUAUAUCUUUUUUUUUUUAAAGAGCUUCAGAGAAAAACAAAACAAAACUUUUUUAUUACUAUGCCCCCUUCCUUUUCCUUCUGAAGGAUUUGCAGAGUAGUUUGACAUUUCAGUGGAAACUAGUUCUAUUUCUGCCUCUUGCGGCAUGUCCCUCUGGGGGAAAAAAAAUACGUGAGUUUUUUAUUUGCAUUAUCCUGCUUUCCUGGCAAGUUUUGUUUUUUAACGAGUCUCUCCUGCCAGGAGAAAGUAGCAAUAAACCAUAUGUAACAGUGUGAACAUUUCUAUUGUUUUUUCUCUAACUUACUUUUCUUCACUUUUUCAUUUUUCUUCUUUCCCAUCCUCCUCCUCUCCUCUUCCUUUCCCCCAACUGUAUCAUCUCCUUUCUUCCUCCCUUUCAGAGGAUACAUGCAAUUUAUUCUGUUGAAGUUUAGAGUAAAAAUGCGAAAUUUCUAUCCAACAGAUUUUUUUUUUCUUCUUCACUAAAUACUGGCAAAUUAAGGACAUUCUUUAUUACAGAACUUCUGUUUUGCAAAUUUGAAAUGCUUGGUUCCAGUGGGAGAUUGCAUUUGAAUCACAUAGCUAUUUCUCAAAGGGACGGAAUUCUACUACCUUCCACAUCAUGGAAAAAUGUCCUUCAUGAUCAAAGAAUUCACAUGAAUCUAAUUUUAAAGACCUUCUAAGCUAGAGAAAACUUAUUUAUAUAAUAUGCAGUAUUUAUGAACCACAUGAUAUUACAAGUUAUUAAACUUUACACAUCUCAACAAGGAUGUAGGGGUUUGCUUUGGCUUUUUGUUUUCUAAACUUCUCUGAUUGCUACAUUGGUAGUUUUUCAGUCUCUUUAUAAUACAAGGAUAUGAAAUGUUUAUUUUCUAUGUGUGUGCAUACUGUUCGGUAUUAUGCAAUAAAUCUGAUGUUUUAAA